AUGAACAUGCGUCAUGAGUCAGGCGAUGACGAGUACAGGGGUGACCAGUCGGACAGCGACGACGAGGUGGACUCGGACUUCGACAUCGAUGAGGGCGAAGAACCCGCCAGCGACCAGGACGAAAGCGAGCCUAAGCGCCGCCGCCGCAUUGUCACCAAGGCUUACCGGGAGCCCCUCAAGAGCCUUCGUCCCAAAAAGACGGACAUCCCCAGCGGCAGCUCCCAGAAGCCACGAGAGGUGAAAUCCAUCCCCUUGGAGCUCCAGGAUGACGUGGGAGACAGCCGGAAGCACAUGCGACAGUCAACGACGGAGCACACGCGCCAAACCUUCUUGCGCAUCCAGGAGCGGCAGGUCCAGUCCAAGCGUAAGAAGGGUGGCCCCAACUACGACCGGCCUCUGACGCAGGAGGAGCUGCUGGAGGAGGCCAAGAUCACAGAGGAGAUCAAUCUCCGCUCCCUGGAGAACUACGAGCGCCUGGAAGCUGACAAGAAGAAGCAGGUCCAGAAGAAGCGGAAGUGCGUGGGGCCCGUUAUCCGGUACUGGUCCGUCACCAUGCCCCUCAUCCCAGAGCCGGGCAAGGAGGAGAAUGUAGAUGUGGAAGGGUUGGACCAAGACCCGCAGCAGGCCGAAGCAACUUCAGCCCCAGCUCCAGCUUCUGCCGGGAAGUGCUCCCGCACUUUCAUCUCUUUCAGCGAUGACGAAACCUUCGAGCGCUUCUUCCCCAAAGUGAAACCACCGCGGCUGCCAGUGCGGGAGAUCUGCCCCGUCACCCACAAACCAGCUGUUUACCGUGACCCCAUCACUGACAUCCCCUACUCCAACAUCCGUGCUUUCAAAAUCAUCCGGGAGGCCUACAAGAAAUACAUCACAGCACACGGGCUGCCCAGCGCCGCUGCCUCCGCCGCCCUAGGGGCCACCGCUCCCCCUGGUCCUGACCCCAACGUCCGUCCCACCCGCCAGAAGAUCAUCAUCAAGCAGAGCGUCCCCACAACCUGAGCACCAGGGGUCCAUGGGGGGCUCAUGGCCGCUCCAGGUUGAGGCCUCUCCUUGCUCUGACUCUCGUGGGCAACGGUUCAUUGCUCUA